AUGCAGAGUUACAUUAGUGUUUUGGCACACACCAAAGUCCCUCUUGUGGACAAGAAAUGGAUUCAAUUGCCCAAGGACCUGAAGGAGCAGAUUUGGGAAGCUGUUCAAAUGGCUUAUGUUGUUGGGGAAUGGAGCAAGAAGAUGGUGCUGUCAUCUGACGCCAAAAAAUGGAAGGAUUUCAAGUCUACCUUAACUAGGCAGUUUAUCCUUCCAUUCGCAAAUGAGAAGGAGAAGUUAAAAGAACCUCAUCAGCUUUAUAACUUCAUAGAGGAAUUGCAAUGGGAUGCUUUUGUAGCUUCAAGAUUAUCCCCAGAUUUUGAGGCUGUGCAUUCUGAGCAGUCACAGAGGAGGAAAAAAUGCGAGUACAACCAUAGGUUGUCUCGAAAAGUGUUGCAAAAGGGUAAGAUGGUUCCAUCAACCAAGUCAUCACCAGUAAAAUCUCCAUUAUCAAGCCCAGAAGCUUCAACUUCAUCUGCCAGGACCUCACCAGUAUCCAAUUCAAUAGCAUCAGCUUCAUUAGAGGGUCAGUCAGAACAGCUAUCAGAACAGAUUAAGCCUGCCGCUGUUGAAGAAGAAAGUAAGACUUCUAUUGAUUCGGAAGAGGAUGACAAACCUUUGUCAUCAAGGCUUCGAAUGAAGCCGAAACCUCAGAAGAAAACUUCUUCUCUGGUCUCUGGUAAGAGGCCUCUAGAUGAGGCCAACGUCUCUAAGCAGUCUUCAGUUAAAAGGCCAAAAGUUUCGGAAUCUUCUACUUCUGCAAAGAACAAGCAGGUGUCAGCCAAAAAAGAAGCAAAGGAAGAGGAGGAUGAUUACUUCAUUACAAUUGCCGAUCGAGCUAAGAAAGUCGGGUCAGAUAAUAAAUCAUCUGUGGCAUUGACAAAGCCAAAAAAGGUAACAAAAGUGGGUUCAUCUUCAAUCAAGAAAACGAUCAAGAAGGACAAAAAAGGUUCAAAUUUUUCGAAGUAUUCUAAAUCAACGAAGGUGGCGCCAAGCUCUAAUGAUGGGCAGGAAAAAUGGGCUACUUUAGUUCACAAUGGUGUCAUCUUCCCACCUCCAUACAAGCCUCAUGGGGUGAAGAUGCUCUACAAUGGGGAGCCAGCCAACUUAACUCCUGAACAAGAGGAGGUUGCGACGAUGUAUGCCUUGAUGAAGGACACAGAAUAUGUGCAGAAAAAAACAUUCAGAAACAAUUUCUGGAAUGAUUGGCAAAAGUUGCUUGGGAAGAGGCAUGUAAUUCAGAAAUUGGAUGCUUGUGAUUAUACCCCAAUAUAUGACUGGUAUCAGAAUGAAAAGGAGAAAAAGAAACAGCUGAGUAAGGAAGACAAAAAGGCCUUGCAGGAAGAGAAACUGAAACAAGAGGAGAAGUAUAUGUGGGCUAUUGUUGAUGGUGUGAAAGAGAAGGUUGGAAACUUCAGAGUUGAACCACCUGGAUUAUUCCGAGGCCGUGGGGAGCAUCCAAAGUUGGGAAAGCUGAAACGGCGGAUUCGUCCAAGCGAUGUUACGAUCAAUAUAGGAAAGGAUGCCCCGAUUCCAGAAUGUCCCAUCCCUGGUGAAAGCUGGAAAGAAGUAAGGCAUGACAAUAUGGUUACAUGGUUAGCCUUCUGGAACGAUCCAAUCAACCAAAAGUUAUUCAAAUAUGUGUUUCUGUCACCUAGUAGUUCCUUGAAGGGGCAAAGUGACAAGGAGAAAUAUGAGAAAGCAAGGAUGCUGAAGGACUACAUAGGAAACAUCAGGGCUGCAUACACUAAGGAUUUUACAAGUAAAGAUGGCGCAAAGCGGCAGAUAGCAGUUGCUACCUAUCUCAUCGAUAAACUUGCUCUCAGGGCCGGCAAUGAGAAGGAGGAUGAUGAAGCCGAUACUGUUGGUUGCUGCACUUUAAAAGUAGAGAAUGUACAAGCAAUUGCCCCCAACUCCUUGGAGUUCAACUUCCUUGGUAAAGAUUCAAUCAGAUAUGAAAAUACUGUUGAAGUUGAGGUUCCUGUUUACAAAGCAAUCAUACAGUUCCAGGCUGGGAAGCGUGGCAAUGAUGAUCUGUUUGACAAGUUGGAUACCAGUAAAUUGAAUGCUCAUCUGAAAGAACUGAUGCCUGGCCUUACAGCCAAAGUUUUCCGUACCUACAAUGCAUCGAUCACAUUGGAUAACAUAUUGAACAAGGAAACCAGAGAGGGAGAUGUUUCAGAGAAACUUGUUGUUUAUCAGCACGCAAACAAAGAGGUUGCCAUCAUUUGUAAUCAUCAACGUACUGUCUCAAAGUCUCAUGAUGCACAGAUGUCUAAGUUAAUGGAGAAGAUUGGUGGCCUUCAGGGCACCCUGAAAGAGCUGAAAACAGAUUUGGACAGGGUCAGAAAGGGAAAGCCUCCGCUGGAAGAUGCCAAUGGGAAGCGAAAGAGAAACUUGACCCCGGAAGCGUUGGAGAAGAAGAUAGCUAAUACGACAGAAAAGAUUGAAAAAAUGGAAGCGGACAUGAGAACCAAAGAGGAUCUGAAAACAGUGGCAUUAGGAACGUCCAAGACCAACUAUCUUGACCCCAGAAUCACUGUUGCAUGGUGCAAGCGACAUGAAGUUCCACUUGAGAAGAUAUUCAACAAAUUCCUCCUGGAAAAGUUUGCCUGGGCAAUGGAUGUGGACUUUGACUUCAGAUUCUGAUAUUUAGGAGAUGUUGCUCACAUGGCCACCAAUUUUCCUUCUUUGCACACAUGUACACUUCAAAAACAAGAGAGGAUGCUUGCUUGUACAAUUCAAUCUAUUUCAUUCAAGAGUCUAUU